AGGACUAUAACGACAGUCGUUACCGUGAUGGUGGUUUCUAUUCGGUUGCCCCAAUAUAACGAGAGCUCCACCCGCCGGACGCGUCGAAGCACACUUUGGCGAUUAUGGACUCGAUACAAGAAAGGUUGGAUUAUAGGAGUUGUGCUAUUUGUUGAGCUAGUACGCUUUUUACUAGUAUUCUCCCGGGACGACGAUGCACGAGGCCAGUGGGCUGAUAAAUACGUCGAAGGGGAGGAAUCAGAAAAUCUUGGGUGGGGGGAGGAGAAUCUUGGGAGGGAAGUUAGGGGGGUGAAGAGACUGGUUAUUGUCACUUGUCAUGCCAUCUGGGUCGGGGGAAUCGAUGGGAAGAAUGAGACUGAAUGGUAGGUGGGGCCUUAUUAAAAACUGCGAGAACUUACUGCGGAAUAAGUGAACGAGCUGACCCGGGGAGGUGUGAUAAGGAUGAUUGAAGAUUUUCAGACGGGCGAGGUCGACAUCUAUGUACGACAUAUUAAAGCCGGGGUUGAAGCUGCAUCGGAGGAUGCAGAGAGUUUGCUAGUAUUCUCUGGGUGGGUUUCUUUCCUGUCCCCCCUCUGUCAUCUGCUCGUAUGUAUGAUACCACUGCUAACAACCCCUUAGAGGCGAAACAAAGAGUGCUGCUGGGCCCCUCAGCGAAGCUGAAAGUUACUACGUAACCCACCUAGCCGUUCCGCCAAAUCAAUUCCCCAGACAUGUGCCCGCAAUAGCUAAUGCCCAAACAGCGUCUAGCUCAUGCCUUACAUCUCUUCACCCCCGCCCUCCUUCCCAGAACAACAACAGAAAUCCACGCCCGGGACUCCUACCAAAACCUCGUAUUCUCCAUCGCCCGCUUCCACGAACUAACGAACACCUACCCAUCCUCAAUAACCCUAAUCUCCCACGCCUUCAAAGAGCCUCGCUUCCUGCGCAACCACCUCCGCGCAAUCUCCUACCCUGAAGACAAAUUUCAAUUCAUCGGAAUCGACCCCGAAGAAGGCGUCGGUGACGCAGUCCUCAAAGGUGAAGCGAGGACCCGCCAAGUCUGGGACGGGGAUUUGUACGGGUGCAAGAGUGAGGGGGAAUUACGAAGGAAGCGGCAGGGACGAAAUCCGGGAAGGAGAUGGGAUGGUGGGUACGGCGUCAGUUGUCCUGAGUUGGGGGAGUUGUUGGCGUAUUGUCCCAGUGAUGGGGUGAGUGAGUUUGGAGGGGAGCUACCGUGGAGCGAAUCCGUUUGAAAAAAUCGGUUGAGAAAUAAUUAUGGGAAAAAAUAAUACUGGGGGAGGUGUUUUGGUCCUAGAGGGCGUUUUUGAAACUGGUGAAAUUAGACUGGCCAAUUUGUUCAUUUUUGGUUCUAGCUUCCCUUUGCUACGAUACGGGUGUUAUGUGUUAGAUAUUGGGCGAUUUCCUUAACAGAACUUCCUGUACUUAUAUGUUUAUGGGAAUUAAUAUAUUAAUCACGACUACCUUAUUACCGGUACUCGAUUCUCUUC